CAUCCCAUCCCAUGGAUCCCAUCCCAUCCCAUGGAUCCCAUCCCACGGAUCCCAUCCCAAGUCCCCAAGUGCCACAGCCACACCUGACUGGAAAAGGAUCUUGACUUUCUGGUUGCUGUUUCCAGUUAUCCCUGAGGUGACAGCUGAUGUGGAAUGAACUGGGAAUUAAGGAAAUCGUGAUGAACUUGAAAGAAGCAACUUUACUGAAAGUAAAAUCAAUUAAUUAAAGACUAAAAAACGUAUCCAGGCGGUGUUCAGCAUCCUCACUGGUUCUGCAGGUAACCUGUGCUGAAAAAACAUCUGAGGCUGCUUUGGGCGAGACUUUCAAAAAGAAAAACCUUACAGGAUUUUUAGAUGUGUUUUUUUUAUUUUUUUUUUCCUGGAGAAGGAAUUCUGCAGUGGACUUUAAAUGCCAGUUUUGCACCAGCUCGGGGCAGGGAGGAGUGAUUGCUUUGGGGUCAUCUCUGAGCUGUGACUCAGCGCUGGGCACAGAAAUCAGGCACCUUUUAUGCAGAAAUCACGAUAAAUUUCUGUGCUCGUUUGCAUUGAGGACCCUCCAAUCUGCCUGCAAUGAUUAUUUCCCCCUCGAACCCUCUCAGCGAAUUCCCAGUGACUCAGCCUGUGGAUUCUCAGACGCUCCCAGCUCGGGGGGCAGAGCCAGAUCCCACCUGAGGCAAAUCCAGAGGGAAGAGCAGGACAGAGGCAGCUCAGACCCAGCGAAUCCCAGCCUGGCCACGGAAGGGAUCUGGGAAUUCUGCAGGAGCAGCAGCAGGUGAAGAGGAGAGAGGAGAGGGAGGAAGAUUUGCAGCAAAGCCUCCCAGCCCUGGGGGUGAGUUCUGCCUCCUGGAGCAGCAGAGGAAGGGAACUGGCGUGGGAGGCAGGAGGGAAAAUCCAAGCUCCAAAAAUCCAAAAAUCCAAAAAUCCAAAAAUCCAAAAAUCCAAAAGUCAGCAGAAUCCUGGAAAGGAGCGAGAGGUUCCACCACUUUUCCUGUGCUGGAGCGGGACUGGGUUGCAGCUGAGGCUUUGGAGCUGCUGUGGGAGCAGGGAGAAGGGAAAACUGCUCUGGAGGCAGGACGGGACGAACAGGGAAGCCAUGGAUGGGUUUGACCCCUCGGCAGGAGCAGCUGGGCAGGACGUGCUCAGUGCCACCAGCCCCUCCGCGCUGUCCCUGCGGGUGGGGACAGCCGCCUGCCUGUCCCUCCUCAUCCUCUGCACGCUGCUGGGGAACGCCCUGGUGUGUGUGGCCGUGCUCAGGUUCCCUCACCUGCGCUCCAAGGUCACCAACCUCUUCGUGGUGUCCUUGGCCGUGUCCGACCUGCUGGUGGCCGUCCUGGUGAUGCCCUGGAGAGCCGCCAGCGAGGCGCUGGGCUUCUGGCCCUUCGGGGCUUUCUGUGACCUCUGGGUGGCUUUUGACAUCCUGUGCUGCACGGCCUCCAUCCUCCACCUGUGCCUCAUCAGCCUCGAGCGCUACUGGGCCAUCGCCAGCCCCUUCCUCUACCACAGGAGGGUGACCCAGCGCCUGGCCUUGGGCGCCAUCGGCGCGGCUUGGCUGCUGUCCCUCCUCAUCUCCUUCCUCCCCGUGCAGCUGCGGUGGCACAAGGACCGGGAGCAGCAGGGCUCGAACGGCUCUGCGGAGGAGGGGAGCUGUGAGCCCAACCUCAGCGGGGCCUACGCCAUCUCCUCCUCGCUCAUCAGCUUCUACAUCCCCGUUGCCAUCAUGCUGGGCACCUACGGCCGCCUGUUCCGCCUCGCCCGGCACCAGCUCCGCAGGAUCUCCUCCCUGGAGAGACCGGCGGGGCGCGGCCGGAGCUGCCCGGGCAGCAGCGACUGGCCUGGGGGAAGCUCCUUCAACAACUCCCUCAAGAAGGAGACCAAGGUGCUCCAGACGCUCUCCAUCAUCAUGGGCGUCUUCGUGUGCUGCUGGCUGCCCUUCUUCGUGCUCAACUGCCUGCUGCCCUUCUGUGCCCCCACGCCGUGCGUCAGCGGGGCCGUGCUCAGCACCUUCACCUGGCUGGGCUGGGCCAACUCUGCCCUCAACCCCAUCAUCUACGCCUUCAACGCCGAAUUCCGCGCCGCCUUCGCCUCCCUGCUGGGCCGGGGCUGCCGCGGCAGCGCCGUGGGGAUGGUGACCGCCAGCGAGGAGCUGGAGUCCUUCCACCCCGACAGCACCGAGCCCAGGGCUCUGCAGCCCCCCAGCCCGCCCCAGCUGCUGCCCCACGCUGUGCUGCAGGUGGACAACCCCGAGCUGGCCUUGGAGAAGGUUUCUCCGGGUUCCUCCCCACCCCAGGACCUCCUUGCUGAGUGUGGAACCUCCAUCUGGCUGGGGAGGAUUCCCCCUCUGGCCAGCAGCGCCUUCCAUUGAGCCCGGCUGGGAAAAGAGGGGUGGGGAGGGCUCCAGCAGAGAGGGGAGCCGGGCAUUCCUGCCAGCCCCGUUCCUGAGGACACUCAGGAUGCUCCACUCCGUUUGCACCACCCCGCCUGGAAUUCCAGAGCCGUUUUCCAGCUGUUUCUGUAACUGGAUUUUGGCCCCGGCUGGAAUUCCAGGGCGGUUUUCCAGCUGUUUCUGUAACUGGAUUUUGGCCCCAGCUGGAAUUCCAGAGCGGUUUUCCAGCUGUUUCUGUAACUGGAUUUUGGCCCCAGCCCAGGUGGGCAGCGGGGUGUAGGUCUGAGAUUCAGUCAAAGAGAGAAACGGAAAGUUUCUAACCAGGCAGAAGGUGGGAAUCUGUUGGAAAAUAAUGUAAAUAAGAGGUUUUAUCUCCUUGUGGUUCAGUUUCUAACCAGGCAGAAGGUGGGAAUCUGUUGGAAAAGAACGUAAAUAAGAGGUUUUAUCUCCUUGUGGUUCAGUUUCUAACCAGGCAGAAGGUGGGAGAUGGGAGAAGGUCUGAGAUGGGAGCGAUAAUCUGGAACCCCUCAAAUGACUGAGUUAAUCUGAACGCUGCUGUAAUGUUUAUAAUAUUUAUAAUAUUUAUAAUUCAAGGUGUUGUGUGGUGCUUGGAACUCCGGGCUCGGCAGCAGGAGGGAAUGGGAGUGCCCAGCUUUUCCCAAAACUGUUUUGGAAGAGUUUCUUGAUACUUGUGGCAAAAUUUGUAAAGGGAUUGGGGAAAAACAGCCAGCUCGGUGUGCCUGUGAUGAACAGGGUGAACUGCAAAGGAGAGACAACAGAGAGAGUGAAGUGACCCUUUUUUGUGUCCUAUUUAAUUAUUUAAUUACAUGAGUGUGUUUAAUUCUUGCUGCGCUGUCCUGCAGCAGCUCUUGUCAGCGUUCAGGAACACACAGAACCACGGGAUGGGUGGAAUUAUUCCAGUCUGGGGCUGAUCCCAGAGCAGGGAUUUGUGCCUGACCUUGCUCUGUAAUCCCAAAAAAACCAGGUCACUUCUGGA